AAAAUCAAUGUUGUUUGACAGUGGAAAAGUUUCUUUAGACCUCACUUAACCCAAGCUUUGGAGGUCUUUUAUCGUGAUGAAGUUAACACUGAAGUGAAGUAGGAUCAAGGAACCUCCUUGUUAGGGUCAUGGAGUAUUUUAACUCCAUGGUAGGAUCAACGGGACUUAAAUGAUCCUUACUAAUCCAGUGAUAGUGAACCCCGAUUUUGGCUUGAAGUGAAAGCGCGGACAUUUCAGUUGGCUGAAGGAAAGCUAUCAUUGAUCGGACCCAGGCCCAGCAGCUGACUCUCACGCGCAGCCGAUAUCCUGACCGCAAGGUCGUUGACCCAUAUCUAUCCAAAAUGGCGUCUGACGACCAGAAAGUGAAACCCUCGCGAUACAUCGAUGGGGAAUUUUGGGAACUGAAGGACCGACUCAGGAAGGAAAUCGAGGACAAUGAUUUAUUUGUACAAAGGUUUGACUCCCAGUGGAUGAGUUACGUGAACUCACACUCAAGAGAGCCAAGUUCCUCCUGUCUCUGCCACAAAGUAGGCAGCAGUUUGCCGACCAGUUGGCCAAUAAGAAAGGCUUCAUCAGUAGCAGCCUGGCUAUAGGAGAAGUCUUCUCCUGCGUGGACAUGUCUGUUGGAGUCAAGAUGGGCGUGAUGGCCUGGCUGUUUGGAGGAGCCGUGAUGAACCUGGGCUCAGAACAACAUGUGGUCAAGUGGUUCCAGCCACUCAAGGAUUUAGAAUUCACGGGGAUGUUUGCCAUGUCAGAGAAGGGCCACGGGAGCAACGUCAGAAACAUCCUGACAGAAGCUCACUAUGACAGGAAUACUCAGGAGUUUAUCAUUACAACCCCAUGUGAGGAUGCCCAGAAGUUCUACAUUGGAAAUGCCCUCCAAGGGAACUAUGCUGCUGUGUUUGCUCAGUUGAUCAUUGGUCAGGAGUCCAAGGGUCCCCACUGUUUCAUAGUGCCCAUCAGAGAUGCAGAAGGAAACCUGUACCCAGGAGUCAGUGUUACAGACAUGGGUCUGAAGGAAGGACUGAAUGGAGUAGAUAAUGGCAUCCUACACUUCACUGGAGCAAGAACACCAAGAGAGAAUCUACUCAACAGGUUUGCAGAUGUAAGUGCAGAAGGAGAGUACACCACUUCCAUCCCUAGUCACAACGCCAGGUUUAAUGCCAUGUUAGCAGCACUGGUGGCAACACGGCUGGCACUCUCCAACCAAGCAACAGCCAGUAUGAAGGUUGCUUUGGAAAUAGCCAUCAGAUAUGCUUUCAAACGUGUCCAGUUUGGUCCAGGAGAUGGCCCAGAAGUUCCCAUCAUGCAUUACCAGACACACCAGCUGCGACUCAUGCCUAACCUGGCCACCUGUCUGGCUGUCACCUUCGCCAACAGAUAUGCAUCUGACAUGCUUGAUGAUGAUUUCUUCCACAAGCGAGACUUGGUGGACAACAGGUCCAUCCAGGCCCUGGCCUCUGGUCUCAAGGCUUACGCUACAUGGGAGAAUCUGCAGUGUUUACAAACCUGCCGGGAAUGCUGCGGAGGAAUGGGCUACAUGAGUGAGAAUCGGCUGGCAGGUUUAAAGCAAGACUGUGACGUCUUUGUGACAUUUGAAGGUGACAACACUGUUCUAUACCAGCAAGUGGUGAAAGAACUGCUGGCAGUGUUUGGACAGAAGCUGGGAGAUAACCGUGUUCUACAGACUUUGUCACUUCUGCAACAGGAGACAGCUGAGUACAUCAGAACAAGCAUGUUUGCAGUAGGUACAGAGUCAGUGCUGAGUGCCUCAGGGAUGAUGAAGGCUCUGUCCUUUAGAGAAGGGAGGAUGCUGAGGAAACUGGCUGGGAGGAUGAUAAAGAAGGUUGGAGAUGGAGAAGAUGCAUUUCAGGCCUGGAACUCCUGUCUUCACCACACACAGGCACUGGCCAAGUGUCACAUACAGCGAGUCUGCCUGGAACAGUUUGUGGCUGCUGUGGACAGAUGUCCCAGUCAACAGGAGAAAGACAUUCUGGACAAGUUCUGCCAGCUGUAUGGGACCCAUGCCCUGUACACGGACCGUGCCUGGUACCUGGAGCAUGGGUACUACACACCUGCCAAUACUAAUGAACUCAGGCAACAGCUCCUGUCCCUCUGUGCAGAGACCUGCCAACAUGCUCUCUUCAUAGUGGAAGCAUUUUACACCCCGAGAAUCUCUGUCCAUGCACCUAUAGCCGGGGUGCCCAGUACCAAGGCUCCGUGGGCGUACUACCCUGAACCUGGCACUGAGAACACUCCUAUGGCCAUUGACGUGGAUGCCAUUAGGAGGACCACACCUUUACAGUCCAAACUGUGAUAGGUUGGAAAUUGUUAUUUCCAAAAGAAGUAUUUCACACAUCAGAGCCAAAUAUAAUCAGCUUACAAAUACCUGUAUGUAACAAUGAACAUAAGCAUUUGUUUUAACUUAUGGAUAACAGUUAAGAAUACAGUUUAAUGUAACAUGGAAGAUAUGUACCGUGCAAUAUUGUGACAAUAUUCCUUUUUAUAUGCAAUGUAAAUUUGAGCAUCAGCAUAUACAUAUAUUAUUACAUCAUAAAAAGAUGUUGCAAUGAUGGUGAACUAGUCAUCUCUGAAAUUUGUGUAAACACCACCCUGGAAUGGUGGUGAUAUUAAGCAUUUUUCUUGCCAAAAGUUGUACAUGUACAACACCAACACAGGUAAGAACUGGUACUUUAAUUCCCUUAGGGGAUGUGUUGCGUACCUAUGUAUCUCAGCAAUUGAAAUACUAAUUCUUGGCUUGCAAAAGCCACUCUGUGUGAAGACUGACC